GCCCUGUGGGUUUCCUGGAGAGGGCACGGCCUCUCAGAGGUGGCCGGCCCAGUGCCCGCCAGCCCACACGGGGCCAUGCCAGGCCGAAGCCCAAGGAGCUGGAGUCCAUCUCCCGAGGGUUCCUGCCGCGGGAUGUCCAGCCGCGUGGCUGGAGCUGGUCCCAGGCUGAUGCAGGAAGACCCCGGGCGGUGGCGGGGCUGCACGUUGUCAGAGCCACGAGGAGACGUGGGAAGGGCCUGUUUCUGCCCCAGGAAGGUGAUGGGGCCACAGUCUCACCACGGCGAGGAGACGCCCCAGCCGGCUUGGCCAACCCUGGUCUCGCUCUGCCUGCGGUUAGGGGACUUCUGCAGCACACACUUGACUCCUGCUACUUCCUGAAAGCUCUCAGCUGCACCGCAGAGCCAGAGUGGGGACAGGCCGCCAGCGGGGACCCAGGCCCUGGGGCCGUCGGCGUGGGGGUCUGAAGCCAGAUUUGUCGGCAAAAAGGACACUCUCCGCUCUGGGAGGAACGUCCGGAGGAUGGAUGCAUGAGGCGCCCCGCAGCCCUGCGCCAGCCCGAGCCGCAGGCAUGCCAGGUGACGGCCCGCCCCGGCCUCCUUCCGCCCUGGACCUUUAGGAGGGACCCUUUCCUACAAUGUCCUUUGUCUCCUAACAGGGGUAGUUAGGUCCGAAUUUGGCCCGCAAAAGUAGGUCCAUCGAAAUAAAAACGCACUCGGAAACAAUCAUAAUCCAGCCAAGGCUCUCUGUCGAGACGGGAGGGCCCGUCUCUUCGGCUCUUGAAGGGCUAGGGAAGCUGGCACACCCGAGGGCCUCGGGUCCCGCCCACUUCUUGGCAGGGGCCCAGGGCAGGGCCUCCUCCCCCGUCCGUGGGGCCCGGGGACAGCCAGCGCCCUCCGGGUGCCCCGAGGGGGAGGGGCAGGCUCUCCCCAUCGGCUCGUCUCAGGGCCGCGCGGCUCUCGCUGGACCUGGGGACCCGCCUGCACCCCUGCUUGCAUGCAGAAUGGAAGCGCAGGUCCAGGGUGCUCAGGCAGUGGGUGGGGACCCAGAGAGCGACCACCUUCCACGCGUCCGGACGGCCGCUGUCAGAGCCAGAUGCUGCGGGCUGGUGUGGAAGCAGAGAAACAGGAACCCUGCCCCCCGUCGGUGGGAACGUCCAGCCGCCGCUGCCAUCCUGGAAACAGCGGGGGUUCCUCAAAAUCAUGAAAAAGAGAAUCAUCUUUUGACUCAGCAACCCCGCCUCUGCGUGUGCACACGACCAAGAAGCGAACCUGGCCCUGGAAGACUUGUCUGCACAGCCUCGUCCACAGCAGCCUCCCCACGACGGCCAAGACGCGGGAGCCGCCGAAGGCCCAGCAGCAGAAGGAUGGAGAUGCCUGAUGCGGCUCACUCGCUCCUCAGCCCGGGAAAGGGAGGACCCCUGACACAGGACGCAGUGAGGAUGGACCUGGCCGGCGUCUGUUGAGGGAAAUAGGCCAGUCACGAAAGGAUGCAUUUUUUUCCCCAACGGCCACACUUGUAGCAUCUGCACGUUCCCAGGUCAGGGACGGAAUCCAAGCCACAGCUGCCACCUAUGACGCAGCUGGGGCCAUGCUGGGUCCUUUAUCCUGGGCCAGGGAUCGAACCCACACCUCCACGGCGACUGGAGCUGCUGCAGUUGGAUUCUUAGCCCACUGUGUUCAUGAGGGAACUGGCUCUUUACGGCCCCUGACAGGAAGUGCUGGAGGAGACAGUGGGGCACGAGCACCUCACGGGGACAGUUUCAGUUUUGCAAGAUGGGAAAAGCUCUAGAGAUAGAUGAGGAGACGGGUGCCAAACAGUGUGAACAUGCUUCAUGCCACAGAACCGCACGUGGGUAAGAGGGCAGCCUUCAUGGUGUGUGCAGUUUACCACCACGUUAAAAACUGGGGGAGCAAGGCAGCCACCCAGUGGGCGCCAGGCCUGCGCGGUGUGCGUGGUUCUGUGGCUCUGGGGCCCUGCGGUCUGACUCCUGCACGACGCGCCAUCAGCUGAGGAGCCGUCAGGUCCCUCCUCCCGCUACCACCAUCCUGCCCCUUAUUUCUGAGUGCGUCCCCUGCUGGAGACAAGGCCAUCAACCAUGCAUGGGCACCAGGGCAGGGUCCCUCAGGAGGGUGUGCGUGGCCUGCAGGAGCCUGGACCUCCGGCCCGGACGCCACGGCGAUGUCCACACUGUGAAGUGAGAAGUUUCCUUGCCUGCUGGCCGUCCAUGAGGGCCUGGCUCUGAGCAACACAAGAGCCUUCUGGGCCUGGGGUCUCCAGGCUGCAGGAGCAAGAGCCACGUUCUGCACUGUCACCAAGGCCACCCCAGCCUGUCCAACCUGCUGCCACUCCCCUGGCCAGAUUGCUGACCUGUCCCUGCCAGAGGCCACUGAUGGGCCCCCUGCUGACCUCGAGGGCCUCCGUCUACACCCGCCGUCAGAGAAGAAGGGCCCGCGAGCACAGCCCUCGGGAGAGGGGCCUGAAUGCCACAGAAUUUCGGGAGGGGCCGAGGCCGAGGCCAAGGCCGGGGCACAGACUCUGGGAAGUACAUGGCGUCCCGCAUGGCCGCCGAGACGUUGCUGUCACGUGUCAGGAAACGCCACGCCCGCAGGCGGCCCUGGCCUGGCGGCGCUGAACUGCAGCAUGCCCUUCGAGGAGAGCAGGCUGUUCCUGGUGGCGGUGUACAGCGCCGUGUGUGUGCUGGGCCUGCCAGCCAACUGCCUGACCGCCUGGCUGACGCUGCUGCAGGUGCUGCAGGGGAACGUGCUGGCCGUGUACCUCUUCUGCCUGGCGCUCUGCGAGCUGCUCUACGUGGGCACGCUGCCGCUCUGGGUCGUCUACGUCCAGAACCAGCACCGGUGGACGCUGGGCCCGUGGGCCUGCAGGGUCACCGCCUACAUCUUCUUCUGCAACCUCUACGUCAGCAUCCUCUUCCUGUGCUGCAUCUCCUGCGACCGCUUCGUGGCGGUGGUGUACGCGCUGGAGAGCCGCGGCCGCCGCCACCAGCGGACGGCCAUCCUCGUCUCCGCGGCCGUCUUCGCUCUGGUCGGGCUGGUCCACUACCCGGUGUUCCAGAUGGGGGAGGGGGACACGUGCUUCGAGACGCUGCCCAUGGACCGCAAGGCGGCGGGCUUCUACUACGCGCGCUUCACCGUGGGCUUCGCCCUCCCCCUGGGCAUCAUCGCCUUCACCAACCAGCGCAUCUUCAGGAGCAGCCAGCUGAGCGCCAGCCUGAGCGCCGCCCAGAAGGCCAAGGUGAAGCACCUGGCCAUCGCGGUGGUGGCCAUCUUCCUGGUGUGCUUCGCCCCCUACCACCUGGUGCUCCUGGUCAAGGCCGUGGCCUUCUCCUACCACCAGGGAGACCCGGGCUCCAUGUGCGCCUUCGAGGCCAGCCUGUACACGGCCUCCAUGGUGCUCCUGUGCCUGUCCACGGUGAACAGCAUCGCCGACCCCUUCAUCUACGUGCUGGCCGCCGAAGUUUCCCGCCAAGAGGUGUCCCGACUCCACAAGGAGUGGAAAAAGUGGUCCACGAAGACAGACGACAUCAAGCUCACGAGCUCGAAAGACUCGGAGGAGGCGGCGUCGCCCGUGUCGCUCAGGAACGGCUGUGUGGGCCCUGGGCCCGUCUGGCCCUCGGGGCCACCGCCGGGCACCCUGGAGAGGCUGACGGAGGAGUCCUGCUGAGCCUGGCCCGCUGCAGAGUCCAGGCGCAGGUCCAGGCCCAGCGGCGCGGGGUGCCCGUCCACGGAGCCCUCGGGCCAGCAUCCGCGGCGCGGUGUGGAGCCCCCUCUGGGUGACACGCCACCGGCUUCUCGUUCCUGGAGCCUCUGCCCCUUGGGGGAACCGGCCCCCCGAUUUCCCCACUGGGUGCCGACGCCCCCCAAGAAGGGGGCAGCAGGCCAAGGCCAGAGGCGAUUCUUCCGGGCUGCAGGGAGGCGCGGGGCGGGCAGGAGGACGUGUCCGGCCGGCUCCCUCGGCUGCGAGCAGACCGCGGGGCCGCUGGCACUGGCCCGUGCCUGCCGUGCGGGGUUCGUGCUCCUGCAUGAUCACUUCACUGUCCCUGCUUUUCUGCAGGCCUGGCUGGGAUGACCGCAACCGGCCACGCUGGGGCCUUGGUGCUCCUGCUCCAGAACGCCCGUGCCAACCGGGCCUCUCCUGCAGUUCCUGGUCACGCGGGCAGCCCGGGACCAGCGCGGCAGGAGCCCAGCCCGAGGGGCCUCGGCUGGGGGGGCUCUGUGCCCAGCAGGGCUGCUGCAGACCCUCGGGGCAGCUGUGGGGGAGGGAGCUGCCCCGACCCAUGUCCUCUAGUGGGUCCCGGGUGCCGUGUCAGGAACGCCCACCAGCCGGGACUGCGGCUGGGCACCCGGGAGGGGUGACGCACCGCCAAUGGGCUCCGAGGGUGAUGGCGAUUCCGCCUCACCAAGGCUUCCUGGCUUCGGGAAGAAGUGAGCCGAGGGCCAGGCCAGGCCGCACGACUGCCUCAGGGUCCUGACCUGCACAGGACCGGGGACAGCUACCUCAGCGGACGGGCGGCGGGGCUGCCCGCUCCCCCUGCCUCGGGGGGCUCACGCACACGUAGCACAGAGUCCCGCACCCGGAGGCACGCCCCAGGUAUCAUUAAAUUAAGUCCUCAGGAGUUCCCUGGUGGCCUAGCAGUUAAGGAUUCGAUGGCGUUGUCCCUGCUGUGGCUCAUGUUUGCUCCCUGGCCUGGACCUUCUGCGGGCUGCAGGCACGGCCACGCGAUCAGCGGAUCAAUAAACGCCUGUUUCCAGAAA